UAUUAGAGAAAGAGAAUAUGGAUCCUGAAGGUUUCACGAGUGGCUUAUUCCGAUGGAACCCAACGAGAGCAAUGGUUCAACAACAACAACAACAACCACCUCCGGUUCCUCCUCCUCCGCAGCAACAACCUCCGGCAACACCGCAGACGGCAGCGUUUGGAAUGAGACUAGGUGGUUUGGAGGGUUUGUUCGGUCCUUACGGAGUGCGUUUUUACACGGCGGCGAAGAUAGCCGAGCUAGGUUUCACGGCGAGCACGCUUGUGGGCAUGAAGGACGAGGAGCUUGAGGAUAUGAUGAAUAGCCUCUCUCAUAUCUUUCGUUGGGAGCUUCUCGUGGGUGAACGGUACGGUGUCAAAGCUGCCGUUAGAGCUGAAAGGAGACGUUUGCAAGAAGAGGAAGAGGAGGAAUAUUCUAGACGCCGUCAUUUGCUACUCUCCGCCGCAGGUGAUUCCGGCACUCAUCACGCCCUUGAUGCUCUCUCCCAAGAAGAUGAUUGGACAGGGUUAUCAGAGGAUCCAGUGCAUCAGCUAGAACACACUGAUGCGGCGGGGAACAACGCCGUGGGAGGCUACUGGGAAGCAGGGCAGGCAAAGAUGAAGAAGCCACAACAAAGACGCAGAAAGAAACAGAUUGUGACGUCAGUGGAAACCGAUGAUGACAUGAACGAAGGUGAGGAUGACGAUGACGGUAACGGUAACGGAGGAGGCGGUGUGUUGGGGAUUGAGAGACAAAGGGAGCAUCCGUUUAUCGUAACGGAGCCUGGGGAAGUGGCACGUGGCAAAAAGAACGGUUUGGAUUAUCUUUUCCACUUGUACGAACAGUGUCGGGAGUUUCUUGUUCAGGUUCAGACCAUUGCUAAAGACCGUGGCGAAAAAUGCCCCACCAAGGUGACGAACCAAGUAUUCAGGUACGCAAAGAAAUCAGGAGCGAGUUACAUAAACAAGCCGAAAAUGAGACACUACGUUCACUGCUACGCACUCCACUGCCUAGACGAAGAAGCUUCAAACGCUCUACGAAGAGCGUUUAAAGAACGCGGCGAGAACGUUGGGUCGUGGCGUCAGGCCUGUUACAAGCCGCUCGUGGACAUCGCUUGUCGUCAUGGCUGGGACAUAGACGCCGUUUUCAACGCUCAUCCUCGCCUCUCCAUUUGGUACGUUCCAACUAAGUUGCGUCAGCUCUGCCAUUUGGAGCGGAACAAUGCGGUUGCUGCGGCUUCAGCUUUGGUUGGGAAUGGGAUUAGCUGCACGGGGUCGUCUGCGUCUGGGGGUUUUGGGGUUUAAUUUGUUGGGUUAUUGUGGUUUAGUUACUUGUUCGCUAUCUUAAUUAAUUAUUAGCUUUUAGUUUACUCGUUUUGGCUGGGCUUGUUCGUUUUAUUUCCGAUGACUUGAUUUAUUAUUAUAAAAAAAUUACAACG